CUGAUAAGGAAGCUCAUCUUUUUUGAAAAUACAUACACAUUGUAGGGCUCAGAUUGAUUUCCACAUGAAACAAUGGUCAUGAUUGGGUUCUACUAAAGUGCUCAACGGCUCAGAUUGAACAAGCUACAAACCCAUGGUUAGGAUCAUUUUAGGCCUUCCACCAUUUGCCCGCUCAAAAACGUCAUUCAGUGGAGUACUGAAGUAGAACCCAUUCUGUCAUCAGUGGCUUUAUUUGCUCAAGACAAGAAACCCAUUCUACCAUUUAAAAUUCUUUACCCGAUGUUGAAACGAAAAACCCCAAAAUUGCAAAACCCUUUCGCUUGAUCUCUACUGUUCUGCUCUCAUAUCACUCUCCUCAACUAUCAUUUUCUACAGGUUUUGCAGUACUACCUGUAGCGACUUAUCAAGGUCUAAGCUAACUAAGCUAACUCUAGAAUCAUGGAUAACAUUACUAUUUUCGGUCAAGCAGACAAACACUUGCAAAGAACGGUUGAACUCCUCCAAAAAAACAAUGUCAGGGUUGUGAUACGCGAUGAGCAAGAACUCAACGCUAUUCGUAUUCGUGAAGAAAAACGAAGGGCUCAAGCAAUAGCUGCGGAAAAACUACAGGCAAACCGUAUGGGAAAAGGAAAACAAAAGGCUACAUGUGCGGACAAGCGGAAAGAUAAUGCCUUGGUUGAACUUCGUCAACAUAGAAAUGGUGGAGUUGUGAUCCGCGAUGAGUUAGAACUUCAUAAUCGUCAAGAGGAACGAAAUGCUAAAGCAAAAGUUGUGGAAAAACGAAAGGCAAACUCUAUUGGCAAGGGGAAACAAAAGUCUACAUGUUCGAACAACGGAAAAGAAAAUGUCUCGGUUGAUCUUCUUCAUCAUAGAAAUGGAGUUGUAAUCCACGAUGAGCUUGAGAUUCGUAUUCGUCAGGAGAAAAGAAUGGCAGAUGCAAUAGCUGUGGAAAAACUGAAGGGAACCUCUAUGGGUAAGGGAAAACAGACUGGAAGAUAUGCAAAUAGGGGCGAAGAAAACUCCAAGGUUUUUGCUAAUACUUUGGUUCGGUUCACUUAG